UACCAAGAGAGUGACACGUCUUGAUUUCCAAAGCGUUCGAUAUAAAUCAAAUCGCAUUAUUACUUGUUGGUUUUUAAAUCGGGAAUCAUGGCGAUGGCACCGGCAAUGCAGACGACGUUCGUGUCAUCGACGAACUUUCUGAAACAAUCGAGACCUUCUUCAUCACCUAGCAAUGUGACUCUUCCCAAAAACAAGAGAUCGUCCUCCGUAGUUGUUGCCGCUGUCGGUGAUGUCUCUUCUGACGGAACCGUAUAUUUGAUAGCCGGAGCCGCUGCCGUUGCUCUUGUCGGAACAGCUUUUCCGAUCCUCUUCAAACGCACCGACACGUGUCCGGAAUGUGACGGGGCAGGAUUCGUGAGGAAGGGAGGAGCCACUUUGAGGGCCAACGCGGCAAGGAAGGAUCAAGCUCAGAUCGUUUGCGCCAACUGCAAUGGCCUCGGCAAGCUUAACCAGAUUGAUAAAUAAAAUAAUUAACUCCUUCUUCUUCAUUAUUAUCAGUAUACAAACCGCUAUUUCACAUUCAUCUUCUUCUCUGUGUAAUAUAUACUCUCUAAGUUUUUCUGAAACCGUAAGAGUGUGUUCGAUUCGCGAUA